AACAAGGUGGACUCCAGUGUGGGGCAGAAAGCUCCUUAGCAGCGAGGCAGUCGGACCUGCGCCAAGUAGACCUUUUUUGUGCGGUGUAUACACGCGGAAAGAAGCCUCCAGAAAAAGCGAGACUAGGAGCGGGAAGAAGUCGAUGGAGUGACCGGGGACCGUCAGGAGGAAUUACGCUUCCACUGUGUGUGCCCACUAGCCCUGUCCCAGGUCAGCCAUCUACAGUCAACCCUUGUUAAAGUGCUGAUCAUUCAAAGGAGUAUUGGCUAGACAAGGAACUGGGAUUAAUAUGACCUAAGUGGCCAAGACCAAGUGGAAACUUCUUCUGAGUCUGUUGGUUUCCCCCUAGCUGCACUGUUAAGGAAGCCACAUGUAUCAGUGCGUAUUCUGUCCCUUCUUAAACUCCGCCCUUGCAUCGUUCCUCACGCUCAAUGGAUUCCUACAAUUUUCACUUUGAAAGGAUGAGCAACGUGGAUCUCCACCCACUGAACCUGCCCGUUAAUCGGCUGUCACCGGCCAAGUCCAACAGCAGCAUUGUAGAGCAGUUUGCGCACCACCAGCACGGGAAAGGAGACUCGGCCUACAGCUCCUUCUCUGGCGGUUCCACUGUGCCCGAUUACUCUUCACCGUUCUUCCAAGAGGACAUUCAGUCCAGUUCCUUCGGCCACUAUGCAGACCUAAAAUUUGUUAAGUCAAUUUGCCAGCCUUCUCAGUUUCUCCAAGCGGACCCGAAGACAAUGGAUCAGCUGUAUCGCUCUGUGGAGGCAAUAUCACAGCAGUAUCGCAAUAAUCCAAGCAGCAAUUUAAACCACCAGAAUGGCAGCGAUAGUUUCCAGUCCAACAACAAGGCAUUGGUGAAGGAUGGCCCUUCACAAGGUCCGUCCCGCGGUGUCAACGCCUAUAUCCGUCCUCCCCCCAUCCCAACCCGUCUGGAUAGUUUCAUAGCCACUAAAAACUUGGAAAACAGUCAGGGCCAUCGCCAUGGGAAUAGACAUCAGCCUAUGCAGCCACAGCCACAACAACCCAGACUCAGCACUCGCCCACAGUCCCAAGGUCUGACCACCCCAAGAGCUGAGAGGUCUCACUCAGAAACAAGCGCAUUGAGCUGCAGUUCUGACACACUGUAUGCAGGUUGGAGAACGCAGCAGGCACCGCAGCCACCAGUCUACCGUCUUCACCUGCAGACCCCCGAACAGACAAGGGGACAGUUGCACCGAGACCAGCAUUUCCUCACCGAAAACAAGGUUGCCUCUGAGCAACCAAAGUCUGGAAACAUCCCGGGCAGAUCACCUCCCAGGGGCACAAGUCUGACUGAGCUGCCGAGACCUAGGCAGCUUUCAAGCACUGGCGGAUGUAACGGAGACCAUCACAAUAAGCCUGGUAGUAACAGAGACCAUGUUGAGGGUCAACGGAAAAGGGCCCAUUCAGCUCACGAUUAUCUUGGUUCUGAGCCAAGUCGACUCUCUAAACCCUGGGACGGUGGUCAGAGUGUGAUCAACAGCAGUAUUCAGCACAAGGGUCAGUUUUACUUUGUCACUGGACUUUGUAAAAUGAAUGAAUCAGGUAUGGAGACAAACUCUGUGUGUGGGUCGGAAGACGGCAGUGAAAGCUCCACCAUUGUUCACAGGUACCAGCCCAGAGAGAAAGAGAGAUCCCAUAGCACAAUGGAUUGUUUGUCUCAACCCCUGAAAGAGACUUCUCAAAGUACUAGUGGCAUUUUUCAAGAUGACAGAGAUGUUUUUAACCCCGAGGUCAAGGGCAAGGAUCUAAUUUGGAGAAGUUUGGAUCAGGAGAAUCACCGACCCUCGCUGUCGUCUACUCGGACCUCCCGAAGUUUUGAUUCCCUGGAGGAAAUCAACAAUAAGCAGGGUCGAGAUAUCAGCAGGCACACUGAUAGCAAUCCUAUUUUUUACUGUGGUCCAGAGAAGAGUUGUUCCCCUUGCUCAAACCCUCAAAUAAUGGAAGGAGACGAGAAGAGAAGCCAACACAAGAGUGUUGACCAGGCAAAGCGGGGUGCCCGCAAGCCUUUAUCUGAUGUUGCCAGUGAGAGAAUUAACAAAGAAACCACCCCUCUUCUCUACCACCUUACUGGAGCCAGCAGGACUGGGUUGCAGCCAAAAAAAGAAUCUGCAAUUCAUAAAACGGGCCGUGCAGAAUCAAACAACCUUGAAAGGUCUCCUCAGGGGGUGUCAACUAAAAAUGGUGAAAGAAGUGACAUGCUUGCUGUUGCGUGUAAUACCCUUGAUGAUUCGUUUAAAAAAUACUACAAGGAAAAACUACAGGAUGUCCAGUCAAAGGUUCUGAGUGAGACAUCAUUCAAAAGGAAGGACUUGCAACUAUCCUGGCCUCACCGUCUUAGGCCCAAACCUGAGCUGAGGCCGACCUCCAUCCAUUCAUUCUCAUCUUCUCAGGACUCUGAGACAUCCACAGAGACUCUUAUCCCCUUUACCGAGACAGAGUGUGAAAGCGUCGCGGCUGAACAGAGGGAACUAAACAAAGAGCCGGGAAAAGACAGCACUACACCUACAAAGGUUGCCCAGCCCCAAGUGGCGCGAAUCGGAGCCAAGAAACGCUUGACUCCAGAGCAGAAGAAGAUGUGCUACUCUGAACCAGAGAAACUUAACCAGGUGGGCACUGCUCCCAAGCACUCCUCGUGUCGCUCCUUUGGCAACGAAAGCGAAACCCUCUUUGCGUCCGGAUCUGAGGGUGAAGAACAUGCACAACAAGGAGACCAAGGGUUUGUUGCAACACGCCGGAAGAUGUUUGAGACCAGAAGUCGGGCACUGUCAGCCUGUAGCACUUCAAAGACAAGCCUUAAGGACCUGCAACACAAGGCCCUGGUUGAGUACAUGGAGCGCAAGACAGGUCAGAAGGUGGCUGAACCUCAGCAGCCGGCCCCUCAGGUACCCCCCUCAUCCAGACAUAGACAUUCAUUAGGUGAGAAACCCUUUGACUGGGGUUCCAGGCCUCUUUCUGCCAGCCAGGAAAAAAACCCCAAGAAGAAGCUUCACAGACCUCACUCUGCAGGUCGCAUCCUGGAUUCUUCCACGAGCUCCGUCAGGUAUGCCCAGUUUUUCUCGGCACAGUCGUGUUCAGGACAGUACGUUGGUCAGUCCAUCCAGCCCAGGUGGCGAGAGAGCCAGGGUCCAGGUAAUGGGAAGUCUGCCUCUGCUGAUAGCCUCCUGGACCAGCCAGAACCACCCAAUUUCUUCAGGAACAGAUCAACAUCAACACCACAUGCAUUUCAGGCACAUGACUAUGAGACUGAUCCAGCACUGGCUAAUGCCACAGAAACCAUGAGUCCUGAGAAAAGUCCUGAGGCGACGCCACCGCCGCAGCCCUCUCCUGAGGCGCCACCUGUCCGGAUGGUUGCGCAGCGAGGGAAGUCCAUGGAGGAACUUGGUGCAACAAAGCUAACAAAAAUUUCAGCUUUGAGUAAGAGUUCUGAGCAGUUGGACCAGCUGUGGAGAAAGUCAGCCUGGGACGUGGAGUCUGAGAAGGAUAAAAGGAACAUGUUUGCUCAGGAGAGAGAAGCUCAGGGACAAGAGAGGGCCAGGAAGAGUCAGCAGGUGUCACACCAAAUCGGGAAAGAACCGGAAGUCACCCGUCCGAAAACACUAAAAGACACCAAGACUAGGUCUUUGGAUGUUGAAGGGAGCACACGCGUUACAGCAAGAACCCCGGCCGGGUCCAUCUCCCCAGCCUCUCAAGCCAAGGAGUCUAUUGCAUCUGCUGGAUCCCACUCACCCGUCACAGAUGAGUGCAAGUCUGUUGGACCACCCAGCGAGUCGCCUGACCCAGUUUCCCCUUGUGGUCAAGAGAGUGGAGAGAAGGAAAUCAAAUCCACAUCGUCGACUCCCACGCAGAUCAAACCUCUGUGUGAAAACAGGCGGAGCUCCAGGGCGUCUCCUGUAACUGGAUCCAAACUGUCUGAGGAAGAGUCAAAAAAUGAGCCUGAAGUUUCUUUGAGCUGCGGCGUCACCACAGACCCGUUGCUAUGGUUACCCCCUCCAGAAGACGAGAUCACACAGGAUGUCCAGAAAGAGGCAGCACUGGCAGACAAUGAGUCUGGUGAACUCUCCAGCUCAAAGCUGUCGCCCCAGACAAGUGAGACCCCUAUGUCCCCGAGCACCUCCGUCUCUGAAGUCACUCAACAGGUGGAGGAGGAGAAGAGUCCACGGCAGGAAGACGAGAACACAGGGGAGAACAAGGAAGUGGAGGGACGGGGAACCCCGGAGGGGGCGACGGACAGUUCCCACAGUCCUGUCCAGAAGCCUCAGUGGGAGGACCUGGUGGAGGCACUGGUGCAGGCGGACCAGUCUCUGGCACCUGCGCUUUAUCCACUGACCAAUCGCAAGACGGCGCUGAUGCUGAUGGAGCAGCUGCUCUCAGAGGACACGCUGCUGAUGGAGGAGCACUACAAGAUGAAGCAGCGAGGAGAGAGCGUGGCGUCUGACGGAGCAGCCGAGCGGUCUCCCUCGCCCGUCGCCAGCAAACCACAGCAGAAGGAGCAGCACAGCAAACUGGCCCUCCUGAAGAAGAAGCGCCUCCUAGUGUCCCUCAUUGAGGAGCAGCUCAGCUCUUUGGAGGAGCUGCGCAGCGACCUCCGGGCAGAGAUCCAGGAGAACAAGACGCACGGGGAGGCGCUGAAGGCGCUGGUCCGAGACCGCUGUCAGCCCCUGGAGCUGGAGAGGUACACCCUGUUCAUCGGAGACCUGGAGAGGGUGGUCAACCUGCUGCUGUGCCUGUCCGCCCGACUGGCCCGGGUCCAGAACGCCCUCAGUACGGUGGACCAGCACACAGACGCCGAAGAGAAGGAGUCUCUGGACAGUCGCCACCGUUUGCUGUGCAAACAGAGGGAGGACGCCAAAGACCUGAAGGACAACCUGGACCGGCGGGAGAACCUGGUCUCCACCUUCCUCUCCCGCCAGCUGUCAGCCGAGCAGCUGCAGGACUACCGUCGCUUCGUCCAGACUAAGGCCUCGCUUCUGAUCCGCCUGAAGGACCUGGAGGAGAAGCAGCGGCUCGGGGAGGAGCAGCUGGAGGCGCUGGCCAACAGCAGCAUCGUCUGAGAGGAGCUCUCAACCCAGCAGGACUUGACCCGAACACUCGUCCCCAUCUCAGAACCCGUGCCUUGACAAAAGCCGUCACGCUAACAAGAAGCAGAGGACACCUUGGAAAUAAGCUUUAAGAUUGUAUCCGAGCCGCGGCGAGAGUCAGCCUGAGCAGGGCGGUGAUGCGUAGCACAGAGGACCUGUUCCUUAGUUCUAGCUUGUGUUUCAGAAUAAGGCACUACAAACCAAAAAAAAAAGGUGAACGAAAAAAGCACUUUGUAAGAACACAAAAAAUGCACAUUUCUUCAGAUCAUGGAUCAAUUUCAAGUUUGUCAGUUGUGAUGCUAAAUAUUUAGGGGUCGCUUUGGUGCUUUCACACAUGCUUUAUUUAUUCAGAUAUCAUGAGAAAACUGCGAUUUCAAAAUCUGAAUCAGAGAAGAGAAACAUGGACCAAUAUGGCAGGGAGCAUGUCGAAAAGUUCUUCCUCACUAUUGCUUGCUUAAAAAAAAAAUCAAAAGUUUAGUAUGGAAAAAUGCAAAAUAAAAUAAAAGUACAUCACCGAUUAUGGCAAAAGAACAGAAAAGGGACGGGGGAAAAAUUAUAAAAGAAAGAAAACUAAUGAUAAAAGACAAAUAUUAAUUCUAAGUUGAGGCUCUUUUUUUCUGCUUACAUCAAAGUGGCACUUGAAGAGGUGUGACUGGUGUUUGUCGAAGGCUCAUGCCGCGAUAGUGGGAAGGUGUUUGCCGUCUUGGCUGCCAACGUAGUAGAAGCAGUUCAGGUUCAGUGGUUGUUAAAGUUCAUUUCAGAAAUCAGAUUUUUAAAAGAAUAAUCAAGCUGGAAAUUAUUGAUCAAAAAGGUUCUUUCUGUCAUUAUUCUCAUGAUGGAAAUGUAUUUUUGCAGGUCAGGGAAAAAAAAAUAUGGAAAUAAUAAAUGAACCCUUUUGUGUGUGAAAGCACCGAGCUACUUUUGCUUCACGCUUCCAUUCCAUGACGCCCCAAACAUUCAUGAGCCAGAGUGAGAAAGAAUAAAAGGGAAAUUAAGACCUGAGAAUAAAAGAAUGUAAAGUUAUUUUUUUAAAUGGUGAUGUAACUUCUGGGAAGCAGUGAAGUAAACCAGUGACAUUUCCUCCACAAACAGGAAGUUCAGAUUGAUUUUCUUUCUUUUAGGAUCAGUACGGUUCUCAUUUCCCGGGAGAUUUGCGACCCCAUCUGUUUCGGUUUGCAAAACAAGUGUGUGUGUUUGUGUUGACAAUUCAGCUGACACCGACCUUCGAGUGAAGGUGUUUUCCUCUCAGAAAUCAAACCUAUUCUCACGUUUUCCUUGCUGCUGCACACACGAUUUAUUGCUGGUUUUUGGUGCCGUACUGGUUUCACUUUUUCCCCUCAUCUGUUUUAGGACACAAUAUUUCAAUGAACUUUCUGGAAAGACUUGUUUGUUUUUGUGCCAGUUUGGAGUUUUGAAUUCCACAAUGUUUAUUUGUAUUAUUGUGAAUAAAUUAAGAUAUC